AUGAUGUUCACAGGAUUAUAGCCACACUGUCGUUUGAUUUUCAGUGUCUACUAAAGAUGUCUACGUGCAUGUCAUCACAGUGUUAAAAUGUUGAUGAUGCUAUAGGUGCUUCGCUUUAGAAAAGAGAAGAAACCUGAAGCUCCUGGACUGCAACAACAAGAAGUAAAAAGACAGCUUCCACCAGGGGUGCUGAAGUUGGAAAGGGAACUCAUGUACAACGAGCUCAUCGAGUGGAUACAGCCUGAGAAGAUGAAAUAUACUCGUUUAGUUUUGGCUGUGCCCAAGUUCAAGAUGGAAGAGAGCUAUGACCUGAAAGAUAUUCUGAUCAAUAUGGAGAUGAAGGAUGCCUUCGAUGUGUCCAAAAGCGAUUUCUCUGGCAUGUCUCCCAGCAAUGACCUGGUGGUGUCCAAAGUGGUGCACAAGGCCUUUGUGGAGGUGAACGAGGAGGGCACAGAGGCUGCUGCCGCCACUGCUGCCAUCAUGAUGGUUGGAUGUUCCAGGCCACCCCCAGAUCGGUUCAUCGCAGACCAUCCCUUCCUGUUCUUCAUCAGACACAACCUCACUCAGAGCAUCCUCUUCUAUGGCCGUUUCUGCUCCCCUUGAAGUCUUAAACUCAGCCAUUUCCAGUUUUUAGCAGGAGUCUAAAGAAAGACUGUCUGCAUGUUAAAUGGCUCUGCAAUGCUGUUUGCCUUAAAAUAAUAUUUCAUUUUUAUCUGCUUCUCAGAGCUUAGACAAUCCUGCUGCAGUACAUUGUAUUCAUUCAUGUCCAUUGUAUCCUCUUUGAAGAUU